GUUCUUUUGAGGCAAGGAGGCAGUGUUUGUUAAGACUCUCGAGCAUCCAAUGAACUGAAGGCUGCCUCCAAAAAAACGCGUCCAUCAUCCCUUUCCACCCAAUUAGCGUCGUCGGUGGGCGGAGCUCAGGUGCGCGCCGCUGCGUCCACUUGGCAAAGAGCCUGGGAGACGCCUGUGGCAAAAGAGUAACUGUCAAAUGCAAGGUUCUUUUAAUAGGAGCGAUCAGUUCGGCUCCGAGAGUCAUGGCGACUACAGCAUCCAGUCAUUACAAUAUCCUCACCUCCAGCCCAUCUAUUGUACACUCGGAGCCUGGAAGCAUGCAGCAAGCCACGGCUUACAGGGACGCGCAAACCCUGUUGCAGAGUGACUACUCGCUGCAGAGCAACAGUCACCCGCUCAGCCACGCGCACCAGUGGAUAACAGCCUUGUCACACGGAGAAGGAGGUCCGUGGUCGUCCAGUCCCCUCGGCGAGCAGGACAUCAAGCCAGCGGUGCAGAGCCCCCGGGACGAGAUGCACAAUUCCAGCAAUCUACAGCAUCAGACGCGGCCACCCCAUCUGGUACAUCAGACGCACGGGAACCAUCACGAUUCAAGGGCAUGGAGAACGACGACGGUGGCUCACAUACCCAGCAUGGCCACGUCGAACGGACAGAGCCUUAUUUACUCGCAGCCCGGCUUCGGCGUGAACGGUCUCAUCCCGGGCAGCGGCCAGGGCAUCCACCACCACAGCAUGCGCGACGCGCACGAGGACCACCACAGCCCACACCUCAGCGACCACGGCCAUCCACCGUCCCAGCACCAGCACCAGCCGCUCCAGAGCCACCACGACCACUCGGACGAGGACACGCCGACCUCGGACGACUUGGAGCAGUUCGCCAAACAGUUCAAGCAGCGGAGGAUCAAGCUGGGCUUCACGCAGGCGGACGUCGGACUAGCUUUGGGAACGCUCUAUGGAAAUGUGUUUUCGCAGACCACAAUUUGCAGGUUUGAGGCCCUGCAGCUCAGCUUCAAAAACAUGUGCAAGCUCAAGCCUUUGUUGAACAAGUGGUUGGAGGAGGCAGACUCCACAUCUGGCAGCCCCACGAGCUUGGACAAGAUAGCUGCGCAGGGGAGGAAACGGAAAAAGAGGACUUCCAUCGAGGUAAGCGUAAAAGGGGCUUUGGAGAGCCAUUUCCUUAAGUGCCCAAAGCCAGCCGCGUCGGAAAUUACUUCGCUGGCGGACAGUCUGCAGUUGGAAAAAGAGGUAGUGAGGGUUUGGUUUUGUAACAGAAGACAGAAAGAGAAACGGAUGACUCCUCCCGGCGGACCUCUGCCGGGUACCGAGGACGUAUACGGAGACACGCCGCCGCAUCACGGCGUUCAGACGCCAGUUCAGUGAGAAAAGACAAAAACAAGACAAAAACAUGGACACAUCUUAUCAUACUGACUGCCUCAGUCUUCAUUUAUGAUUAUGUUCACGUUGGAGCUAUCCAAUGUGAAAGCAGCUGCGGUUUAGACUACUGAGGCGGGAGAGCAGAUUAUAUCCGUCUUCAAUGUUACUCAAAAUUCGUACUGCUGCCACAGAGGGGACCGUGCGUUCCCCGCGCGAGCAAAGAGAACGGUUGUUCUGUGAAUACCCAGCACUGUGAAAAGACGCAGUUUUAAGGUGUAACCCUACUAUUUAUCAAACACUUUGAGACGAGCGAAAUGUCCCUCAAACGCGAGCAUGGGUAUCCCAUAGCCAGUUGUUUACAUCUAGACGCACUCACUGCAUUUCUUUUGCGGAAUUAGCCUGAAAAGUGACUAGUGCUGCAGCAUUCGACAAAUACACGCCGAUUUUACUUUUGUUGUGGGCGACUGAGGGUGAACAUCGAUUAGAUUGAAAAAAACAACAACAUCAGUGUGACAUGCAUCCAUCCACAGUAUUCAACAAUUUUCUUGGGAUCAAAAGGCCUGUAUGUAUAAUAAUAAUAAACAUUUUAUUAUUAUUAUACAUACUGCAUGGUUAUGUACUUCCAAUUCUCAUAUCAUGGAGACAGUGAGGUGCAAGGUCACACUAAACAGAUGUUGUAGUCUUGGCGCCAAGAAAUUAGUCGCACACAAUUGAUUCUGGUCUCUUUCUGUUUUAUCAAUACGGAUGGCUCUAAAUUGAAAAGAAAUAAAAGGAAACUUCCAGCAUCGAGCUGCAGACAGGUCACCGAAGGGUUAGUGACAGAAAUCUGUCAUUUCCUUAGAUCUAGUCAUAUUACCAUAAAAUAGAAUUGUUUCACAGGUCUCCACACAGUGCUGUAAAUAUUGUAUAAUUUUUAAAGGACAUAGCUAUUCUCUCACUUGAGCACUUUUUCGUAUUAUUUUGAAUUUGGAAAAGAUUUUAGAGCUUUUUGUUUAUUUUAUUUUGGUUUUAUUUCUUUAACAUUCGAGUCUUGGUACAGUUUGCCUUUAUAUUUAUAGUCAUUUAGCCGAAUAUUGCUUGCUAUCUCUUGCGGAGUUGCUUUUUAACCCACAUUCAGCUGCUUUUUUAUAUAUAUCAAUUAUGAGCUGACUUUACUAUAUGUUUAUGUAUAGUAAACAAUGUUCAGACUCCAACAAUGUUAGCACUAUUUUCUACCCAACGAAUUCAAUAUUAUAUAUCUCAAACAUUUGAAUGUCUUUUUUAAUUAUUUUGAAAUGGAGAUUAUUUACACAGUAUCGUGGAGAAUGGGAAAAGCAAGUGAUGUGACCUGCAAUAUUUUAAUUUGAAGUCAAACGAAUCUUAAUUAUUUCAUUUGACAAAGCGUUUUUGUGUAUUUUAUAUUUCUUUAAUUUAUCAAGCAUAUCAAUUUGUAACACGGGCACUAUUAUUAUUAUUAUUAAUUAUUCUCCACGUUUACCCAACAUCAGAUCUAUACUGUAAAAGUAUACUUGGACUUUGGAUUUAACUGUGUCUGUUCUAAGUUAUUUUUUUUGUUUUUUUUUGUGCUUUAUAGUUCUUCAUUGUGUUGGUUCCGGUUCGCAUUUAUAGGGACAUAAUGCAGUGGUGUUUAAGGCUACUGAAAAUGUAAACACUGGAAGAUUGGAAAAAAAUGGGAAGAUUUCUCCCAGGGGCUUGCUAUACGUCACUAUGUGUAAAUACAAUACAACAAUCAGAAAUUAUUAUUAUUAUUAUUUUCUUAUUGUAUUAUUUUGCUUAUAUUUUAAUUCACAUUUUGGUGUAAAUCUAUUCCACAGAAAUUCUAGGGACGUCUGUUAUUAUCGUUCUACUUUUUUGUUUUUCAAAAGACAUAUUUACAUAGAUUGAUUGAUCAAACUGUCAUGUAAUUCUACAAAUACUGUGGAGCUAUUUAUUUGUUGUUUUAUUUACUCUGUCAGAAAGACACCAUCAAACGUUGAACUGGAUGAUUUUGUGGGUAUAAUAAAAUGCGAGGUUGUGAUAGAAGUCGGA